AUGGAAGGGGAGGGUGCAGCGCUGAAGUCAUGUUGCGGGGGACUUUGUGUGACUCGGGAGAUCAUANUCACUGAAGCGAGAAAGGCGCGUAUGGAAGGGGAGGGUGCAGCGCUGAAGUCAUGUUGCGGGGGAUUUUGUGUGACUCGGGAGACCAUGUCUCUCUCCAACGCAGAGAGUUGACGCCAUUUUUGAAGGCACAACAAUUUUCACGAGCAGCAUCUUUUCGGAGCUUCUCGUGUCCAACAGCACAGAAAAGGCCAUGGGUGCAAACUGUAUUUUUUCUAGAAGCAAAAUAGCGAAUGCAGGUGCGAAACAUUGUUUCUGGUUCACGGGCGGGAAUAUUGGUACAGCAAGUACCGCUGUAUCGGGACGCGUGCUCGCAGCGUCGUUGCAGAG